AUGCGCAGGAAACAUUUAAAAUCCUCUUCGUCCCGUACCUCUUCUUCCGAAUCCUCCUAUUACCCCUCCUCGCUUAGCAGUUCAUACUCCGCUUUUUCCUCUCCUCAUUCUCCCCUCUCACCGCGCGACCAUCUUGAAACUCUGAUUUCGAGACACGGUUACCCCACUCCGGUCUCCCUGUCCUCCCUACGGGAAUUGACCUCCACAACAUCAACUUAUAAUCCCCCCUCCCCACGCCGACGCUACUGCCCAGUUUCCCCUCCCACAACCGCCUUCGACUCCCUCUCUCUAUCGUCUUCCACCACUCGCCCCAUCCCAAUCCCCAGAAGGGCCGUGCGAAUCUACGACGAAGAUCUACCCGUCACCCCACUAACGGGCAGAUUCGACAACGACGACUACUUCGACGAUUGGGAACGUGCUUCCUUAUCCGCAAAGUCAAGGCACAUUUUGCCCAAUCCAAGACCCGGCCGCCGUGGCCCUUACUCAAGCAUGCGCUCUGAUAACUCCCCCUUCUACUCGCCUGUUGCUUCGCCUAUCAUGUCUCCCCGACGACCCAGCUCGCCUCAACCAUCUCGCUCCUCACGCACCCAGACUCCAUCAAAGUCAGUGCCGGGCUUUCAUCUCGGAUCUCUCCCCCGCUUCCAUCCCGCAGUCUAUCAAUCCGGUUCUCCCAGCCAUGCUGUGCCUACUCAACCGCCUUCUCCACGACAAUCCCGUCAGCUCACCUACCGUACUACAUCGGGCUCGCGUGAUGCGAAAUGGCAGUACCGCGAUCUUCUGGAUGGUCCCAACCCAAGUCCCUCUGCGCCGCGGCUAGACCCACUCCUUAGCCCAGGCCCUGUUACUCCAUUGGCCCUUGAAUCUGGUGAUUACCUUGCUGCGGGCUCGGCUAGCACGGAACGUGCUCGAGACAGUGCUUCUCAGCAUCUAGCCCCUCCUCCAGAUCUGAUGGAGAAGCUGAUCGCUCGAGAGAAUGAAAAGGCUUGUCAGAAGAGCCGCAAAUCUGCCAAGGGCCGAUGA